AUGCACAUGCGCACAUUGGGCGACGUCUUUACGGACAACGGCGGAUGGCGGCGUAUAUCACAUAUUUCGCAGAACCAGACACCUUUUCUAAGCGUGUUCGACUUCAGUCAUAUUGGCAAAGCAGAGACUAAAUAUUUGAUGGAGACAGGUGGCCAGCACAGGUCUAGCGAACAACUGAAAACAGAGCUUCGAGCGCUCCCAACCCAAGAGACAGGGAGUUUCAGAUUCUAUAUCGGUGAGGACACUGAAGAUGGAAUGGAAUUGAACAAGGAAGUUCUUGGUAUACUGAAAGAAGAAUCGGCUACAAACCACUACCGCUUUUCGGGCUUGCCUUCUUUCACAAGGCUGAGGUGCCAAUGGAAUUCACAGUCUAGGUUGGUACCCUGGCGUUCAAUGUCCUAUGGGACGUCCUUUGGAACGACGAACUUUGAUAAGAGUCUUUCCGAUAUAUCGUUGUGGUUCUUAGCCAGUUUAAUGCGCUUUUCCAAGUCAAUCUGUGUUGCCAAAGAUGACCGAGGCUGCUUUUCAGUCUUCAUAACAGUAUUAACUGAGACUACCGUCCUGGACCGAAUCUUCCCGAACGAUUCGGCCAAGGCAGAUCUGGGCGCUCGUUAUCGUCCCAAACAGGCAGACAUUCAUCUACGCCUCACACAUUUCUGUGAUUCUCUGAAGAGCGAAAUCACAGCUGAACCUUUCAAGGAGCUCUGGAAAGGCACAUAUACGUGUGAAGUUCUGAUACAGCUGGUGCUCAUGAGCUUCUGCCGAGUCAGUCUUGCUCAAUUGUCAGAGUUUGUCGAUGAUUACCAGCAAUUUCGUACCAUUUUUCGCGAGACAGUAACAGAUCCUCGCCGUACCACGAUAAGCAUAUCCUCGACUCAAGACAUCGUGAGAGACGCCUACUUUUAUGAAGAACUCCAGGGUUGCGUAUCGGACCUCAGCUCCGCUAGCUUGACUUUGCUCGAGCUUCUCAGUAUCAACUUCAGAAGCCCGUCGCAAACCAGCUUUGACUACCUUGCUGCCGAUACCCGUGCUAUCUGCUCGGACUUGACAAAGACAUCAAACCGACUCUGUAAUAGACUGGGCCAACACAUCGAGCUAUUUCAGCUGCUACGUAGCUUCAAAGAAUCUCAGGGUGUCUGGAUCCUCGGUCUAUUGGCGAGCAUUUUCCUGCCGCUGUCACUCGCAACGGGUCUUCUCAGUAUGCAGACCCGCCUCGUGGAUCUUCACUUGAUAUUUUACGACUUCUGUGGAGUGAUCAUCCUGAUUGGUACUCUUGUGCUCAUAAUCAUCGGUUUACUGAAUGUGUACGCUCGCUUAAACGAGCAGAUACUCAAAUCGAAGACUGAUCUCACGUUUCGCCGUUGGAUUUAUCCUUCGAUCGGCGUUGGGUUCCUGGUGUGCUGCCUUAUUACCUGGUGCCUGUUGUUAUCGAGCUUUUUGGUCGGCAUGGUGAAGAGUGUGGGGCUAGGCCUGAAAAUACUGGGGUAUGGUGCCGCUGCUAUUGGAGGUGUGGUUCUGCUUGUAGGGCUUGGUGCUUCGGCUAUAUGGAUGUUAAUUAAAUAG